AUGGUCAUCUUCUGGGGCAGCCAAAGUGGAAGAGCGGAGAUGCUCGCCAGGAGGGUUGCAAAAAGCCUGCGUGACAGGUUCAACAUUCAAGCCCUCGCGGCCGACUUGAGUGACUACGAUCAUCUUCAUCUCGUCGAGCUCCAGAAAAACACGCCCUGUGGGUUUAUAUUAUCUACCUAUGGAGACGGUGAGCCGCCAGACAAUACAAAUGGUCUCUGGACGUCCCUUGAAAAGUUCGAGAAGAGUGGCACCAAACUGGAAAACCUUCGCUAUAUCAUUUUCGGUCUCGGAAAUUCCAAAUACCGGUUGUUUAAUCGCGUGGCCGACCAUGUCGACUUGACUCUGCAGAGACUGGGAGCUGUUCGUUAUGGGUCGGCUGGCCGAGGAGACGAUGCCAAUGGUGACACUGAGAACGCCUUCCUAAAGUGGAGACCGGGCUGCGAAGAAAUCCUCAAGAAUGAGCUCAAUCUUCAUGAGCAAAAGGCAGUGUAUCGACCUGCCUUUCUCAUACCUUCUCAUCAUGGUCUAUUAUUUCAUUUCAGCACCUGUGAGCUGGGUUUAUGUCGCUGA